AUGAUAUUGGACGCCAAAGUUACGGAGGCCACGAUCCAGGCCACGCUGCUCAAUGGAUUGUCUGGAGUAUGCGCUCAGGGCAUCACCGCCUAUAGGAACAAGUCGUUCGAUGAAGUCGAGCUAGAAUCCAUUCUGCGGUUUGUUGUGUACUCGGCUCUUGUUACACCCCCCAAUUACAAGUGGCAAGAAUUCCUGGAACGCAAAUGGCCGUCCAGAACACCUAUCGAUGAACCUUCUCCGGACUCAAAAUCGGAUUCAAAAUCGUCGGAAAAGCUCAGCCAGACUGUAGUCAAAGACCGUCUCAAUAUAACUAAUACGGCAAUCAAGUUCAUAUUAGACCAGUCGAUUAGCGCACCAAUUAAUACGGUGGCCUUUCUAUAUCUCAUGGGUGGUAUGACAUUCCAAAGUAAUGCUCAGAUUUGGAGCAACAUCCAGCAUGACUUCUGGCCCAUGCUAAUUGCGGGAUAUCGCGUGUGGCCCCUCGUUGGGCUGCUGAACUUGAGUGUCGUGCCUUUCGACUACCGACAACUGGUUGGCAGCACAGCGGGCCUGUUUUGGGGCAUUUUCUUGAGUCUUAAUAAAAUGACAUAG